ACAACUUGUCUCAAGACUUUAACAAAACUGCAACUCUCUUAACUGACAUGCAUAUUGAAUCUUUAACCAAGGACCAAACCUUUAACUCAACCAAAAGUAAUGCAAGUAUUAACUCAACCUCUAAUCCAAUUGCUAUGAAUACAUCUUUAGAGCCAGAUGAAGCAGAAUUUACACUAGUUACCUCCAAAAAUAAAAAAAAUAAGGGCAAAAAGAAGGAUCAGAACAGAACAGCUAGUCCAAGCAAAAGCAAGGAGUUAGCCAUGGCCAUGCAGUAUUAG